GGUGUGGAUCCAUCCGGCGUCGGAGUCCGGGACCUUCAACAACAGCUUCCGCUGCAAACCUCAGCAAAACCCAAAAACCAGACAGAAAUCAGCUGUAGAGGCACAUUUACAGUAAAAAUCAAGGCUGCUGAUAAAUGGCAGACUGCAGUGGGAAGAGACAGGUUGGUGGGUAGUGUUUGAUCCACCAAUUUGAUGAUAGCAAUAAUCAUCAUCAUCAUCAUCUAUCUCCUCAUCCGUGAUUCUUCCUUGUCCUUAUUAUUCCUACAUAUAACCAUCAUCGUAUCCUCCGAUCCGUUGCCGACGCCAUUAUUUCUUCACGAAUCGGAAUUGCACCCAAAUCCAAACAUCAUGCAUCCGCAUUCACCGAUUUCGCCUAAUUUUCUGCCAACGGACGGAUAAUUUACUCCGUCGGCGAUUUUGUCCUGUCGCUUUCGUAGAAUCCCAAAAAAGGGUUUCGAUCGGAGUGAAACUGUCUGUGCGUCCUGUUUGUUUGUGUUUUUCUAAUUUUUUUUCGAAUUUUCACUUGGCACUAACGUUAUCGCUUUUUCUUGGUGGAAAGAGCUUUGUGCCGCCGCAAGAAACCAUUCUUUGCUUUCACGAGACUGAAUGGCGAUUUUUGGAACCAUUGUCUUAUUCUCGAUUGAUUAGGAUAGGCAUAGUUGUGCAAAUUAGGCUUCCCAGGCUUUACCUGCAAUGAUUUUUCGAUACUAUAAAUAUAUGCUGUAAUAUUCGAGCAGUAAUUGUGCUUGGUAUUCUUGAAAAUGAGCUCGCCGUUAUCGUUGUUGCUGUUGGUGGUUUUGAGUGAGUUGUUUGGGUAUGGCUUCUGCAAGGAGUGUACCAACACUCCGACGCAAUUGUCGUCGCAUACUUUCCGAUACGAACUGCUGGCGUCGGGCAACAAGACGUGGCAGGCGGAGAUGUUCAAUCAUUACCAUUUGACGCCGUCCGAUGAUUCGGCGUGGUCGGGAUUGUUUCCCCGGAGGAUGUUAAGGGAGGAGGAAGAGCGUAAUUGGGCAUUGAUGUAUCGGAAAUUGAAGAAUUCCGGCGGCGGCGGCGGCUCCGGAGGUCUGCUGAAUGAGGUUUCGUUGCACGAUGUCCGGCUCGAUCCGAAUUCCCGACAUGGCGAGGCUCAGCAGACCAAUUUAGAGUACUUACUGAUGCUGGAUGUCGAUAGUUUAGUGUGGAGUUUUCGCAAGAACGCCGGCUUGGAGACUCCCGGCAGGCCCUACGGCGGUUGGGAGGCUCCGAAUGUCGAGCUCCGCGGGCAUUUUGUUGGGCAUUACAUGAGCGCCGCAGCACGAAUGUGGGCAAGCACUCACAACGACACGCUCAAGAAGAAUAUGGCAGCGGUAGUGUCUGCGCUCUCGGCUUGUCAGGAGAAGCUUGGGACCGGAUAUCUGUCUGCUUUUCCCACGGAGUUUUUUGAUCGCUUUGAAGCGAUCAAGCCGGUUUGGGCGCCGUAUUAUACAAUCCAUAAAAUAUUGGCAGGUCUUUUGGAUCAGUAUACUUUCGCCGGUGACGGGCAGGCGCUGAAGAUGGCGAUAGGGAUGGCGGAUUACUUCAACAAGCGCGUGCAGAAUGUGAUCGCCAAGUACACGGUCAAGAGGCAUUGGCAAUCGUUGAACGAAGAGACGGGAGGGAUGAAUGACGUGCUCUACAAUUUGUACGCCGUAACGGGUGACAAGAAUCACCUGAUGUUAGCUCAUCUCUUCGAUAAGCCGUGCUUUCUUGGGCUUCUAGCGGUUAAGGCUGACGACAUCGCCGACUUUCAUGCGAAUACUCACAUCCCCGUGGUGGUUGGAUCGCAGAUGCGCUAUGAAGUUACCGGCGAUCCCCUUUACAAGGAAAUCGCGACGUUCUUCAUGGACAUCGUCAACUCUUCACAUAGCUACGCGACAGGAGGAACAUCCGUCAGCGAAUUUUGGUAUGAUCCCAAGCGACUAGCUAGUACUCUGCAUACAGAGAAUGAGGAAUCGUGCACGACGUAUAACAUGCUCAAGGUUUCGCGGAACCUGUUCAGAUGGACUAAGGAGACAGUGUAUGCAGACUACUAUGAACGGGCUCUGACUAACGGCGUGCUGAGCAUCCAAAGAGGGAGGGAGCCCGGCGUGAUGAUCUAUAUGCUCCCGUUAGGCCAUGGCACGUCGAAAGCCUUUACGUAUCAUAAAUGGGGAACGCCGUACGAUUCAUUUUGGUGUUGCUACGGAACAGGAAUCGAAUCGUUUUCGAAGCUCGGAGACUCGAUAUACUUUGAAGAUGGAGGAAAGGUUCCCUCUCUUUACAUUAUACAAUACAUCAGCAGCUCGUUCAAUUGGAGAUUGGCGAAGAUUUCAUUAAACCAGGAAGUCGAGCAAGUCUCGUCGUCCGAUCCACGCACUCGAGUCACCUUCAAGUUCAGUGCGAAUGAGCAAGAAGCGAGUGCAGGCGAGGCGACGCUGAAUUUAAGGAUGCCGGUUUGGACAUCGUCAGAUGGUGCGAAGGCGACACUGAAUGGCCAGAAUAUACUCGUCGCAGAUCCAGGGAAGUUUUUAACGGUCACUCGAGCAUGGAGCCCCGGUGAUAAGCUCAUGCUGGAGCUGCCUAUAAGUCUAAGAACCGAGGCAAUCAAAGAUGAUCGGCCAGAGUUCGGAUCAAUUAAGGCAAUCCUCUACGGCCCCUACCUUCUAGCUGGAUAUACUUCCGGCGAUUGGGAUAUCGACGCCAAGUCGAAGUCCGAAUGGAUCACCCCGGUCCCUCGCGAAUUCAACUCCUUCGUGAUCACCCUAUCCCAAGAAUCAUCGAAGCAGUCGACGGUCGUUUUGACGAGCUCCAACUCCUCGCUAGCAAUGGAUUCCAUGCCCCAACCGGGCACCAACGCCGCCCUCGCAGCGACUUUCAGGCUCGUCCCGAAAGAACAGGGGAACUUCUCGGGGGCAGGGGACGCCCUUGGCAAGACAGUCGUGCUCGAACCGAUUAACUUCCCCGGUGCGACUGUCGUGCACUAUGGAGACGGCAAGAACCUCGGCAUAUCGUCGUCGUCAUCGUCAAGCACCUCCCCGGCAGCCGGCUUCCGCAUGGUUCCUGGCCUGGACGGAACGAAGGGGUCGGUGUCGUUCGAGUCCGAGGAGAAGAAAGGGUGCUACUUCUACAAUGACGGCGCGAGCGUGACGCUCAGCUGCGGCGGCGGAUCGCCGGACGAUGGGUUCCGGCAGGGAUCGAGCUUCAGGUUGAGGAAAGGUGUCAGUGAGUAUGAUCCGAUAAGCUUUGUGGCGAGAGGGGUGAGGAGGAACUUCCUUGUGUCGCCAUUGAUGAACCUUAGAGAUGAAAGCUACAGUGUGUAUUUCAAUUUUAGUAAUUGACGAUGAUUUGAUUUAGGGGAUACUUAAUUGUUAUGAUGAUGCAAUAAGCGAUUGGAAGGAUUUGAAAGCAUCGUUGCUUUGUAUACGAGAUCUUAGCAUAAGCUAAUUUCUAUUUUA